GUACACGUGUACGUAUUAUUAUAGUGGAUGUAUGAGUCGAUGCUAGAGAAACAACAGAAGGAAGGAAAAAGUCAAACGCCCCGUUAGCAGACAAGCGAUGCCGCCCAGGCGUCCUACCAAAAACCUCUCUCCCGAGGAAGUCAUUGCGGUCCGAAAGGUGCAUGUAGAGUCUCUGAGUCAGCAGUGCGCUGCGGUGGAAAAGAUGAUCGCCAUCAGCACCGAUCAGGAGCUGCGCCUCGACGCUGAGAUUGCCGGCUUGGAGCGGCGCAUCGCGGAGACCGGCGUGGCGACCGAGCAGGUGGGCCGCGACUUAGACGACAAGGUGAAGUUCAUGAACGCCUACGCCACCACGAACUUGGAGCAGCUGCAGCAGCGCCACGCAAACAUGGAAAAGUCGGUGCUUGAGGCGGAGGCGGAAAAUGAAGCGUUGCGCGCGAAACUGGCGGAGCUGACGCAGCGGAAGGAGGCGGAACUUGCGGAGUGGGAGGCGAAGGUGACGGAGCAGCAGGCGCUCAUGAAUGCCAAGGCGCUGGACUUUGGUCUCCAGCUGAAGGAGACCCUUGCCCACAACUACAGCACGACGACGGCGUAA